AUGGCAACACAGUUCAAUAUUGACGACGCCUUCGUGUUGGAGGUGGAUGAGGAAGGAUCCUUGUCUGGGGUGGACGCCGAAGGAUGGCCGUCUCGGGACAAGGACAGAGAAGCGGAGCUGACGUUUGGCCCUCUGACUUUUUCAAAGCCUCAGCCUCAUCCCUCACCCGCUUUGCUUGCCUCACCCGAGCACAGUAACCUCAAGUAUCAGAAUCUGGAAAAUGAAGACCCGCUUAACAACAAUGGCAAUUCCUCUUUUAACAACUUCUUUAAAAUCAGUGACCCCGCCACUCUGUCUUACUGCAGCUCUCAGUGGUCCUUCAGCACCUUGAGUUCUGUUACGCAACUUUCAGCGCAUUGUUGUGGGUGGGUGUCACAUCCGCUGGUGAAGAAAAACAGAAGAGUUGUCCUUGCUUCCUUUCUACUCCUCUUCACUGGAGUUGCCCUUAUUUUCACUGGGGUUGUCAUACAGCUGAAUCCAAAUGCAGGCGUUUCAAGUGCUAUCUUCUUUGUUCCUGGAUUCCUGCUCUUCAUCCCUGGAGUGUAUCAUGUGAUAUACAUCAGCUGUGCUGUUCGCGGAAGACGAGGCUUCAAGUUGUUCUACUUGCCUUAUUUUGAAAAAUGA